AGAUCACUUGGAUCCACUCCUUGGAUUUGCUCCCGAACACACGAUGAUCACAUAGCUGAAUAAUGCAGCUAGUUUAGUAGAGUGUAUCUGUUCGACUGUCCGAGUAUACGUUUGCUACCCGCGUUAGCGUCACACGUGCGAUGGCGCGAUGUCCAUCAGCCGGUGUGGUUGUCGCGGGUCUUUUGACGUUUUACUCGUUGGUUGUUCAAGGAUCAGCCGUUGGUGUCUUGAGUACAGGUCAACUCAUUGAAAACCAUGGCCAUCAAUCUUAUAGUAAGCAUUCAGUAAUAACCGAAGAUGGAUAUUUCAUUAAUUUAUUUCGCAUCAAUAAAGGCCGCGGUGGCCCGCCAUUUUUGCUUCUUCAUGCACUUAUGGGAGCAUCCGACCAAUGGUUAUUAAGAGACAGAAAUCACGAUUUACCUUCAAUUUUAGUCAACAGUGGUUACGACGUCUGGUUAGGUGAUUUUAGAGGGAACUUAUAUUCUAAGAAUCAUACGCGCCUCAAUGUAUCUAAUCCAGAGUAUUGGAAAUUCAGCAUUGACGAAUGGGCAUUUUACGAUGUCCCGGCUAUGAUGAAUUACGUGUGUAACAAUACCGAAUACGAUAAAAUGUACGUAGUGACGUACUCCUUGAGCAGUGCCAUUUUGUUUGCCACCGCAUCCGCAAGACCAGAGUACAACGAUAAAAUUAUCGUCAGCUAUCACAUGGCCCCAUUCUUGGCGUUCACCAACAUCAAAUCUCUUCUGUUACGGUUAGGCGUACAAUUUGGAGAAUUUUACUUGGCAAUAUCACGAAGCAUUAAGAAUCACGAAUUGUUUUCAAGGAACCACUGGUCUAUGAAUUCUCUUUCACUGUUCUGCAAUAAAAAAUCAAUUUUUUUAAAGGCGUGUGUAACUUUGCUGUCUGAACUUUUCGGAUUCGAUACUUCUGGAAACUCAACUACGAACCUAGAUUUUAAAUUGACUUAUUCGAGGGCGGGCGUAUCGUUGAACAGUAUAGACCAUUUGCUUCAAAUGAUCAAAUCCCAUAAAUUUCAACAUUACGAUUUAGGGCAUAAUAAGAAUUUGAAAAAAUAUGGACAAACCAAACCACCGGAGUAUGAUCUGCGAAAAGUCACGUCACCAGUUGUAUUGUACUACAGCAAGAACGACAGGGUCGUAGAUAAUGGUACUAUACACAAGCUGAUCUCAGUUCUACCAAAAGUCUACCAAACAAUAAUGAUUCCUAAUGAAAAAUUCGGCCAUAUAGAUUAUGCAUUUAAUUCAAAUGCUAAAACAUUAGUAUUUGAUUCUGUUAUUAACAUUGCAAGACAAUUUAAAAUCGCUCCCAGCCGCCGUCAGUAUGGUUAUAAUUAUUAUUAUUAUUAACAAUAUUGUUAAUUCAGCUAUAUUUUUUAGAUUUAAAAUUUUGUACUAUCAUGAGUUUCUAAUAAAUUAUACCAAAGUUAAUUUAUAGUA